AUGUGGGAGAUUUUAUUUUUGCCUUUAGUUCUUUCUCAAUGUCCUGCAUAUGAAUGCAAUAAUAACCAAAAACCCUUAACCCACGACACAUGUGUCUAUUAUGAUGAUAAUACUUACUAUCUCCAGCCCUGCACAACCCAAGGCACUUAUUGUCCUCCAAUAACUUCUCCAGGAAAUUCUACAUGCACAACAACUCCAGCCCCAGUCGCCAAAGCUACAUCUUGGCCUGGCGAGCCUUGCAAUAACCUUAAUCUUUGUGCUUAUGGGACUUGCAAAAAUGGAAUUUGUGUGGGAGCUGACAAUGGCAGCCCUUGCACAAUGCAUGAUGAUUGUAAUCCAGGAUUGAGGUGCAGUAAUUACCAUUGUUCGCCUCAGCUUAAUUCAGGUGAUACUGGAUGUUCAACAGAUUAUGACUGCCAAAACAACGUAGGCUGCGAUCAAGGGACGUGUAGGACUUAUCUGGGAAGAAAAGGGACUGAUUUAUAUAAUUUUUUAUAAAAAGCCUUAUAAAAAUUUAAUAAUUAUUUUAUAUCAAAUUUAAUAUAAAUCAGGAUAAUAGCAAGCUGCUCAACUUAUGGGACUUCUUUGCUAUGUGAAAGUCUUCACUGCUACAAUAACGUCUGCAUUUCUCCUUUAAAAAGCUCUCAGCCAAUCCCUACAAAAUGCACAAACACCACAUCAUGUUUAAGCCAAUCAUGGGAUUUCUUUGGACAGCCUCAACAAUUUGAAAAGGAUUGUACCUGUGGCUAUAACUCAGGAAAUGGAUAUGGGUAUUGCCCAUUGUUUUCUAAUGAUCCACAAUUCCAAAUGUAUAGGAAAUGGUUAACUAAAUGGUUUAACAGCAAAGCUAUUAAGACCUGUAGCACUGUAAGAAGACUGACUUAUACAUGUAUGCAGGAUGCUUGGGAUAAAUCAAGCGCUCAAGCGUUUAUGUAUUAUGAAUUACAGAUCAAAAUGUGGCCACAGGUUCAAGAAAAUGAUAAAUGUGUGCAAAGUAUUUAUACAGCAACUUAUUGGGCUGAGGAAAAUAAUUAUCCAAAUCAGGUUGAUGGGGCUUUUGGUAUUGCAGCAUUGGGCUUUAUUUCAUUAAUUAUUUUAAGUUAA